AUGGGUGACCAUUAUGGAUUCUCGCUCACAACCUUCUCUCCAUCUGGUAAAUUGAUGCAAAUUGAGUAUGCUUUGAGUGCUGUGAGAAAUGGACAACCUUCAGUUGGGCUUAGAGGUAAGGAUUAUUGGUUUUUGAUUGGGAGUUUAGGUGUGAACGAAGCUUUGAGGAUGUUCUGGACGUUUUGGUCUAGAACGUUAAGAAAAUCAUAUUUUUGACUAGAUUAUAGACUGAAAAAGCUUUUUGACAGUUAAAUGGCUGUUAGAACAAGCUUUUAAAAGUUUUUUUAUUAUUGAAAUGCGUUAAUAUUGAGGUUAUUUUAUGAUUUUUUAGCUAACGAUGGUGUUGUUUUGGCCACUGAAAACAAGUCUUCGAUUUUGACUGAAGAUGAAUUCAAAACCGAAAAGAUAUCCGAGCAUAUUGGAUGUGUUUACUCUGGAAUGGGACCAGAUUAUAGGUAACGUUUUCACUUUUUUAAGUUUGGUCUUUAGAUGAAUUGUUUUAUAUACACCUAAACGAAUAGAUGGGAAUCACUUUAUUUUUACUAUAACAUGUUCUGAAAGUCUUGUGUAUGUUGUUUUAUGUUAGUAUAGCCGAAUUGUGAACUAUUAAAGUGCACAAGUUUUUUAAAAUUUUUAGGAAAUGAUAAUAUUAAGUGUGUUAUGUUUCAGAAUUCUUGUACGAAAAGCUCGUAAAAUUGCCAUGGAAUACGAAUUGGCUUAUGGAGAAGAGAUUCCAGUGUUGCAAUUGGCUGCCAAGGUUGCUGUUGUGAUGCAAGAAUAUACUCAAUCUGGGUAUGGUUUUAGUUGUCUUGUUUUGGAUGUUUAGGUAACAAAAGAGGGCAAAUUGUUGUUUGAAUCUGCAAAAUAUGGCCAAUAUAGUUGACUAGCUAGACAAUAUAUAGCUUGUUUUGUUAUAAGUGGGCUGUAUAAGUUGUUUUUUCUUUUGAGAUUUUGAAACUUGAUUUUAGUGGUGUCCGACCCUUCGGAGUGUCACUUUUGGUCGCUGGAUGGGACAAAGUUCAGAACCGCCCAGUUUUGUUCCAAUGUGAUCCUUCUGGUACUUAUUUUGCUUGGAAAGCCACUGCUUUGGGCAAGAACGACUCAAACACCAAGACUUUCCUCGAGAAACGUUUCACUGAUUCGAUUGAACUUGACGAUGGUAUCCACACAGCUUUGUUGACUCUCCGGGAAAGCUUUGAUGUUGCGAUGACUGAAGAGAAUGUUGAGUUGGCUGUGUGCACGGCAGAAGGCUUCCGUCGUCUAACCAAGCGUCAAGUCAAGGACCACGUUAACAUGCUCUAA